UCAUUCAACAAUCUUGCUCUCUCCUUCGAGGAACGUCCUGUUGACAGAAGACGGAAAUUACAUAUUUUUUUAUAAUAAAAGAGUAUAUUUUUAACGCGCUAUGGUCUUACUCGGCGAAAUAUUUCCGGAUUUUACAGCGGACACGCAGUUAGGAACGAUUAAACUUCACGAGUGGCUGGGCGAUUCGUGGGGCAUCCUAUUUUCUCAUCCCAAUGAUUUCACACCAGUCUGUACAACUGAAUUGGCACGGGUGGCAAAAUUAAUGCCCGAAUUUAAGAGAUUAGGAGUGAAAGUAAUCGCACUGUCCUGCAACUCUGUUGAAUCUCAUCGUAAAUGGAUAAAGGAUAUUCAAAGUUAUGGCGAGAUAACAGAUGAGGAAUUUCCAUAUCCAAUAAUAGAAGAUCAAACUAGGAAGCUUGCUACAUCAUUGGGAAUGUUGGACCCUGCUGAAAUAGACAAUCGGACUGGAUUACCCAUGUCGGCACGAGCUGUGUUUAUAAUUGAUCCAGUUAAGAAGAUGCGAUUAUCAAUUUUAUAUCCAGCUACUACUGGUCGCAAUUUUGAUGAAAUAAUAAGGGUGAUCGAAUCUCUUCAGCUUACAGAAAAGUACAAAGUAGCAACUCCUGUAGAUUGGAAGAAAGGAGGCGAUGUAAUGAUCGAUCCGAGUGUAUCGGACAGUGAAGCCAAAGCAUCCUACAAUGAUAUUAAAACUGUGAUGUUGCCCUCUGGCAAAACGUACCUGCGUAUUGUGCCACAACCUAUAGACGCUUAAAAAGAUAAUUUCUUAUAUAUUUAACAAAAAAGUUUAAUUAAAAUUCAAAAUAAAUCUCAAAAAAAUCA